UCCCCGCGCAGAACCAUCAAAGAUUGUCUAUGAUUAUGAAGAUGACUCACUCGACCGCGAGAAAGUGGUAGCUGAAACAACAUUGUUUUAUCGCAUUUCACGACAUGAUAAACUUCGUUGUGAUUUCACAUUUCUUUUUUCAUCAGCUCUGUAAACAUGGCGGGAGUCAUCCGAAGGCUCGACGAGACGGUUGUGAACAGAAUAGCUGCAGGAGAAGUUAUCCAGCGUCCUGCCAACGCAGUCAAAGAACUGAUUGAGAACUGUCUGGAUGCCAAGUCCACCAACAUUCAGGUGACGGUGAAAGACGGCGGACUGAAGCUCCUUCAGAUUCAGGACAACGGCACUGGCAUCAGGAGAGAAGAUAUGGAAAUUGUCUGUGAGAGGUUUACAACCAGCAAACUCCAGACUUUUGAGGACCUCUCAGCUAUUGCAACCUAUGGAUUCAGAGGAGAGGCCCUUGCUAGUGUGAGCCAUGUUGCCCAUGUUACCAUAACGACUAAGACAGCUGAUGCCAAGUGCGCUUACAGAGCCAACUACAGCGAUGGCAAACUGAAAGGGCCUCCCAAACCAUGCGCUGGAAACCAGGGAACACAGAUUCUUGUGGAGGACCUCUUCUAUAAUGUGUCCACCAGGAGGAAAGCUUUAAAGAGCCCCGGUGAUGAGUACUCCAGGAUUGUGGAGGUGGUCAGCAGGUACGCCAUACACAAUUCAGGAAAAAGUUUUUCUGUCAAAAAGCAAGGAGAGACUGUGGCAGAUGUGAGGACUCUACCCAACGCAUCUGUAGUAGAUAAUAUUCGAGGAGUUUUUGGCAAUGCAGUCAGCAGGGAGCUGAUCGAAGUUGGCUGCGAGGAUCAGAAGCUUGCUUACAAGAUGAAAGGCUACAUCUCUAACGCAAAUUACUCAGUCAAGAAAUGCAUCCUGGUCCUCUUCAUCAACCAUCGGCUGGUGGAGUCAAGUGCUUUGAAGAAAGCAAUCGAGACAGUUUAUGCUGCCUACCUUCCCAAGAACACGCACCCCUUUCUAUACCUCAGCUUGGAGAUCGCGCCACAGAAUGUAGACGUGAAUGUCCAUCCCACCAAACAUGAGGUGCAUUUCUUGCAUGAAGACAGCGUCAUCGAGAGCGUUCAGAAGCACGUCGAGAGCAAACUUCUGGGCUCCAACUCCUCACGCACAUACUUCACUCAGACAUUGCUGCCAGGCCUGUCAGUCUCAGGUGGCAGUGAGGUCAAGUCCUCCAGCACCGCGGCAGAGUCUAGCGAGCGAGUCUACGCACAUCAGAUGGUGAGGACCGAUUGUCGCGCACAAAAGCUGGACGCCUUCCUCCAGCCGAAAGAGAAGCCACCUCCUGACCCUGAACCAGCCGGUCCCAGCAGCAGGGAGGCUGCGACCAAGACCGCCCAGCCUGGCCGGGUAGAGAUGGAGGAGACAGAUGACGCAGACAUGCUGGAGGCCAUGGCUGAGCAGGAAGCGGAGGUGCCAAAAGUCGACCAAGACGACGGCGUUCAAAGGAAGCGACCCAGGAAAGAGCAGCAGCAGGAUGAAGAAGAGGAGGACCUGACGGCUGCAGCCACACCAAAGAGACGAGCCAUAAAACUGAACAGCAUCAAAGAGCUCAGAGCUGAGAUCACUGAGAACACACACAAAGGUCUUCAAGAAAUGUUGCAGAACCACUCGUUUGUCGGCUGCGUCAACCCUCAGUGGACUCUGAUCCAACAUCACACUAAACUGUACCUGCUCAACACAACCAAACUCAGCCAGGAGCUAUUCAACCAAAUACUCAUCUAUGACUUUGGGAACUUUGGCGUACUAAGACUAUCUACACCAGCUCCACUUUAUGACCUGGCCAUGUUGGCUCUGGAGUCUGAGGAGAGCGGCUGGACAGAAGAUGAUGGUCCUAAAGAAGGCCUGGCUCAGUACAUUGUGGAUUUCUUGAAGAAGAAAACUGAGAUGCUGGGGGACUACUUUUCCGUGGAGAUAGACCAGGAAGGAAAUCUAACAGGGCUGCCGUUACUCCUCGACAAGUACGUCCCGGUGAUGGAGGGUCUCCCCAUGUUCAUCCUGCGCCUGGCCACUGAGGUGAACUGGGACAAUGAAAAGGAGUGCUUCAGAGACUUCAGUAAGGAGUGCAGCAUGUUUUACUCCAUCAGGAAGCGGUACAUCCUGGAGGCCGAGCCGGGAGAGGAGCAGGAUGCUGAGGUGAACUCGUGGCGUUGGAAAGUUGAGCACGUCAUCUUCAAAGCUUUCCGAACCCUCUUCAGUCCUCCGAAGAACUUCAGUGAGGACGGCACUGUGCUCCAGAUCGCCAACUUACCUGACCUCUAUAAAGUGUUUGAGAGGUGCUAACUCUGAUCAUCAAAUCAACCACACAUGCUGCACUUUUAUACUUUAUGUAACAUUUGUUCUGUAAAUAAAUCCUUUGUAUGAGA